CGACUGGCAAAGUUCUUCACUGGCCUGGCACUGUUUUUUAAAAUGGGGUUAUUCGAAAAUGCAGAUCAAAGCGUCUUCAGAGCGUACAUUUUCUGGUCAUCGGUAUUGGUUGUAAAGAUGUUGGUUAUGUCGUUUGUGACCGCCACGCAUCGCUUUCAAAAGAAGGCUUUCGUUAACCAGGAGGAUAUCGCCAAAACUCCCGAUCUGAAGCUGAAGUUCGACGAUCCUGAUGUAGAACGUGUCCGACGCGCCCAUCGGAAUGAUUUGGAGAAUAUCCUGCCGUACUUUGUGAUCACUUUUUUCUACAUCCUGACUAAUCCAAACCCACUGGUUGCUAUCGUUCUGUUUCGGAUUGUUGCCCUAGCUCGUAUCACUCACACGCUGGUCUACGCAGUGGUGGUUAUUCCGCAGCCAGCUCGAGCUAUUGCUUGGCUUAUCCCGUACGUCUCAAGUCUUUACAUGGCUUUCCAUACAAUUGCAUUUUUCGUCUAAUCAAUAUUUAAAUUUAUUCCUUUGGAAUUCGAAUUGAUUAAGCCAUAGA